GCGAGGCUCUCCGGGGAAAACGGUCCGCAGGUCUCGGCGCUCGGCGGCUCAGGCGUACUGACCCCUCUGAAAGAUGAGGCGUGAUUCAUCAGCUCGCAGACGGAAGCCCUCCACUCCGAAACGGAGGUCUCCUCCUCGCCCUCCACCAACUCGGACACGCAGAACCAGCGGACCCUCAGAAGCAACGCCGAGGAAGAAGCGCAGGUUUCGCCCGGGCAUGAGAGCGCUUAUGGAAAUCCGUAAAUAUCAGAAGUCAACGGACCUGCUCCUGCGCAAGGGGCCGUUCUCACGCCUGGUACGGGAGGUGUGUCAGAUGUUCAGUCGGGAGCACCUGAAGUGGCAGGCUUACGCUCUGAUGGCCCUGCAGGAGGCCGCGGAGGCGUUCCUGGUGCGUCUUUUCUCUGAUGCUAAUCUGUGUGCGAUUCACGCUAAGCGUGUGACUCUGUACCCUCGUGACAUCCAGCUGGCGCGCCGCAUCCGCGGAGUGGAGAACAUAUGAAGUGAUACUGCUGCAGUCAGGAGUGUUUUCCCCUCAGCAUCUGACCUCCAGACCACAGGAGCUCCAGACCACAGGAGCUCCAGACCACAGGAGCUCCAGACCACAGGAGCUCCAGACCACAGGAACAGAGCGCAGUGCUGCUGUGGAUCUGCUCUUCAGACCAUCAGAGGAUCGACAUUCACACCUGGACUGAUGCACACGUGAACUAAAUAAUGACAUUCACAUUACUGAUUUUACCUGCAGCUCAUCUAUGAUUUUAUUAUUAUCAGUGCAUUAACAUUGUCAUAACUGAAGAAGAUGAAGUUUCAUAACUCGUAAGCAGCCGACUGCAGUGAUUCAGCUGUUUAUUGACGGGUACUUAAAACUGAAUUUUAGCAGGCGGGAAAAUCUUAAUACCAAUCCAUUCUGUUCUGUUUCUGAUCUUUUAUAUAUAUUUUUUUUUAUU